AGUGCACUCCCAGAGGAGGCAGAUCGUCCUUAUAAAGCAGGUCAUUCAGGUCCUGCAGCCACUUCAGCUCAGUCUGAUCCAGUCCACCAUGUUUGCUACAAUCAUCCUGCUGUCGCUCUGCGUGUGCUUCAUCAUCCUUCAGCUCAAAUCCCGAAGGCCUGAGAACUUUCCUCCAGGACCUCCCGCUUUGCCACUACUGGGAAAUCUGUUGAACCUGAACCUUGAGAACCCUCUGAAGGACCUUGAGAGGCUAAGGAAGUCGUACGGUAAUGUCUACAGCCUGUUCAUUGGCCCCAACCGAACUGUGGUUAUUAAUGGAGUGGAAGCCCUGAAAGAAGCUCUGGUGAACAAGGCUCGUGAUUUCUCUGGACGACCUCAGGACAUGUUUCUUAAUGAUGUCACCCACAGGAAAGGAGUAAUUGUGGUAGAUUACGGCCCUCGAUGGAAGGAACAUCGUCGCUUUGCCCUGAUGACCCUGAGGAACUUUGGUCUGGGGAAGAACACCAUGGAGGACAGGAUUCAUGGAGAGAUACAACACAUCAUCAAAACCCUGGAGAAGAACAUCGGCAUAAAGCUGAGUCCUCAGGUUAUGUUUCAUAAUGCAGCCACUAACAUCAUCUGCCAAGUUCUGUUUGGGACACGUUACGAGUACGAUGAUGAGUUCAUCAAAGAGACUGUCCGCUGUUUCACACAGAUUGCCAAGACAACCAAUGGUCCAUGGGCUAUGGGAUCUGUUGUAGCCACUCCUCCAGUUUGGGGGUCACUGCCCCAAGUGCUCCGAUCACCACAGGCACCACUGAGGCCUUCACCUUCCAAGCCUUCUCCAGUUCUUCUAUGAGCCCUUGGUAUUUUUCUAGUUUCUCAUGUUCCUUUUUCCUGAUGUUGCUAUCGCUUGGUAUUGCCACAUCCACCACUACGGCUUUCCUCUGCUCUUUGUCCACCACCACAAUGUCUGGUUGGUUCGCCAUUACCAUUCUGUCAGUCUGGAUCUGGAAGUCCCACAGGAUCUUGGCUCGCUCGUUCUCUACCACCUUGGGAGGUGUUUCCCACUUUGACCUUGGGGUUUCCAGUCCAUACCCCGCGCAGAUGUUCCUGUAUACUAUGCCAGCCACUUGGUUAUGGCGUUCCAUGUAUGCUUUUCCUGCCAGCAUCUUACACCCUGCAGUUAUGUGCUGGAUCGUCUCAGGGGCCUCUUUGCACAGUCUACACCUUGGGUCUUGUCUGGUGUGGUAGAUCUGGGCCUCUAUGGCUCUGGUGCUCAGGGCCUGCUUCUGUGCAGCCAGGAUGAGUGCCUCUGUGCUGUCCUUCAGCCCAGCCCUUUCAAGCCAUUGGUAGGAUUUGUUGAGAUCAGCCACUUCAGUUAUGUUCCGGUGGUACAUCCCGUGUAAGGGCUUGUCCUCCCAUGAUGGUCCCUCUUCCAGCAUCUCAUCCUCUGUUCUCCACUGCCUGAGACAUUCACUCAGCACGUCAUCUGUCGGGCCUUAUUCUUGAUGUACUUAUGGAUCUUGGAUGUUUCAUCCUGGAUAGUGGCUCUCACGCUCACUAGUCCUCGGCCUCCUUCCUUGCGGCUAGCGUACAGUCUUAGGGUGCUGGAUUUGGGGUGGAACCCUCCAUGCAUGGUGAGGAGCUUUCGUGUCUUAACAUCUGUGGUCUGUAUCUCUUCCUUUGGCCACCUUAUUAUUCCCGCAGGGUAUCUGAUCACUGGCAGGGCGUAGCUGUUUAUUGCCUGGGAUUUGUUCUUGCCAUUGAGCUGGCUUCUUAGGACUUGCCUUACUCGUUGGAGGUAUUUGGCUGUUGCCGCAUUCCUUGUUGCCUGUUCAAGGUUGACGUUUGCCUGUGGUAUUCCAAGGUACUUGUAAUUGUCCUCAAUGUCUACUAUUGUUCCUUCUGGGAGUGAGACCCCUGUGUGGAUUACCUUGCCUCUCUUUGUCACCAUCCCCCCACAUUUCUCGAGCCCGAAUGACAUCCCGAUGUCCGAGCUGUAGAUCCUGGUGGUGUGGAUCAGCGAGUCGAUGUCUCGCUCACUCUUGGUGUACAGCUUGAUGUCAUCCAUGUACAGUAGAGGAGGUGACUUAUGGUGGCUCCAUUCCGGAGUCGGUAUCCAUAGCCAGUCUUGUUUAUUAUUUGGCUGAGGGGGUUCAGACCUAUGCAGAACAGCAGUGGGGACAGUGCAUCUCCUUGGUAUAUGCCACAUUUGAUGGAUACUUUGGCAAGUGGCUUCCCAUUGGCUUCAAGGGUGGUUCUCCACAACCUCAUCGAGUUUGCAAUGAAGGCCCUUAGAGUUCUGUUGAUGUUGUACAGCUUCAAGCAUUCAGUGAUCCAUGCGUGUGGCAUUGAGUCAUAGGCUUUCUUGUAGUCAGUCCAGGCUGUGCACAGGUUGGUGUGUCGCACUCUGCAGUCUUGGGCGACUGUUCUGUCAACCAGGAGUUGGUGUUUGGCUCCUCUGGUAUCCUUACCAAUGCCCUUCUGUGCUUCGCUCAUGUAUUGACUCAUGUGCCCACUUAUCUUAGCUGCGAUGAUGCCUGACAUGAGCUUCCAUGUUGUGGAGAGACAGGUUAUUGGCCGGUAGUUGGAUGGGACUGUACCCUUUGAGGGAUCCUUCAUUAUCAGGAUCGUUCGCCCUUCGGUUAGCCAUUCAGGGUGAGUCCCAUCCCUUAGCAGCUGGUUCAUUUGUGCUGCCAGGCGCUCAUGGAUUGCAGUGAGCUUCUUUAGCCAGUAGGCGUGGAUCAUGUCAGGGCCAGGUGCUGUCCAGUUUUUCAUACCUGAGACUCUUUGUUGGAUGUCUGCCACUGUGAUAGUCACUAGAUUCUGUUCAGGGAGGUUGCUGUGAUCUUCCCUCAGAUCCACCAGCCACUGUGCAUCACUGUUGUGUGAUGCCUCCCUUUCCCAUAUACCCUUCCAGUACUGUUCAGUUUCCAGCCUUGGUGGGUCUGCUCUGCUGUUAUCACCCUGCCAUUGAGAGUACACUUUCGCAGGUUGUGUUGCGAACAACCGGUUUAUUCGUCUGGCUUCAUUGUCUCUGGUGUAUCCCUUUAGGCGGCUGCAGCUUGGCAGUUUCGAGUGCUUCAGGUAUGGUCAUCUGGCUGUACCUCUUAGGCAUCGGUCUUUUCAUUGCACCUCUCUGGGCCUCUGUCAUUUGGCUCACUUCACUCCAAGCUGCCUUGAUUUUUGCCUCCAAGCUUCAUUUAUGGCUCCCAUGGUUGCUCUUAUAGCCAAGCACCUCUAGGAUUACUGAUGCGGAAGCGUAUAUCAGCUCAUUGGUUUCUGUGUGUAUAUAUAUAUAUAUAUGCUGAAGAAGUUCAAGUUCAUCUGGCCUGAAGAUGCCGGAGAACCAGAUUACACGCUAGUGUUUGGGGCCACUCAGACUCCCAAACCUUACUACAUGAAGAUCCAACUCAGAGAGAUUCAGUAAGAACACACAAAGAGAAAAGAGAGAAACUCAAAGCAAUAUCAUAAAAAUAAAAAAGGGGUUUAUUAACAUCUUAAAGUACACAUGAUGCGUCCGGCUUGACAUUCUGUGAACCGGGUAUGUAUGACAGUAAAAAUUUAAAGCGAGUAAAAACAAAGCCCAGCGCGACUGGCAGGCAUUCAACCUGCGAGCCGUCUUGACAUAUUCAAGGUUACGAUGGUCGGUCAACACAAUAAAAGGCUGUUGAGCACCCUCCAGCAAAUGACGCCACUCCUCCAGCACCAUCUUGAUGGCCAGCAGCUCCUGUUUCCCUACGUCAUAGUUUUGCUCCGCUGCCGAGAACUGCUUAGAGAAGAAGGCAUAGGGAUGCACAUUCCUCUUGUCGGCUUACCGCUGGGACAAAACCGUGCUGGUCCCUGAACUUGACGUGUCCACCUCCAUGAUGAACUGAUACUGUGGAUCUGAAAGGCGCAAGAUGGGAGCCGCGGUGAACAGCUGUCUCAGACAGUUGAACGCAGACCGUGCCUGCCCUGUCUACAUGAACCGGGUCCUCAUGGAAGUGAGGAUGUAGAUCGGUCCAGCCACCUUGCUGAAACCCCGGAUAAACCGCCGGUAGAAAUUAACGGAUCCUAGGAACUGCUGGGGCUGCUUGCGAUCCCUGGGUUUGGGGCAAUCCGCCACUGCUGCCACCGCUGCCACCUUGCCGGCAUGUUGGUGAGGCCAAAAGUCAUUAAUAAAUAUUCAUAGUGGCCAGUGGGUGUAUUAAACGCCGUCUUCCACUUGUCACCCUUCUUUACACGUACCAGAUGAUAGGCAUUCCUGAGAUGCAGUUUGGUGAAUAUUGUAGCUCCCUGUAACAGUUUGAAAGCCAAUGACAUUAAUGGCAAUGGAUACCGGUUACAUACAGUACAGUGACACUAUUUAACCAUUUGUAGUCAUGUAUGAGACCAUGCACGGUCUCAGCCAUCCUUCUUGGCCACAAAGAAGAACCCGGCUACAGCUGGAGAGGAGGACGGCUGGAUGAGACCUGCCUGCAGGGACUCAGCAAUGUACUUCUUUAUUGCCUCCCUCUCCUGCUGUGACAGAGAGAAAACCCACCCGCUAGGCGGCGUAGAUCCAGAGAGGAGGUCGAUGGCACAAUCAUAGGCCGAUGUGGAGGUGAGAAAGUCGCCCUAGCCUUACUAAACACUUUACGCAGGUUGUGUUAGGUAUUAGGCACCUUUUCC